GGUCACCGGAAGAAGCCGUGUGACGUCACGAGGGCCUACGCGUCGCGCGGGGGGCAGGAGUUGACGGACGGUCUCUGGCUACGUUUGGGCGGCCCUGGGACCACGGAAGAGGCUCUCCUGGGCGGCCGCGAUGCCUAGCUCGCGGCGGGUCAGUCAGCUUCUGGAUCUAUGCCUGUGGUGCUUCAUGAAGAACAUUUCCAGAUAUAUCACAGACAUUAAGCCUCUGCCUCCAAACAUAAAAGAUAGACUGAUUAAAAUAAUGAGUAUCCAGGGGCAGAUAACAGAUUCAAAUAUAAGUGAGAUUUUACACCCUGAAGUCCAAACUCUAGAUCUGCGAAGCUGUGAUAUUUCAGAUACUGCUCUCCUGCACCUGUGUAACUGCAGAAAACUAAAGAAAUUAAAUUUAAGUUCCUCAAAAGAAAACAGGAUUUCCAUAACUUCAAAAGGAAUAAAAGCUGUGGCUUCCUCUUGUUCAUACCUGCAUGAGGCUUCUUUGAAAAGAUGCUGCAAUCUCACUGAUGAAGGAGUCCUUGCUCUUGCACUCAACUGCCGGCUGCUAAAGAUCAUUGAUUUAGGUGGCUGUUUAGGUAUUACUGAUGUGUCCUUACAUGCAUUAGGAGAAAACUGCCCAUUUUUGCAGUGUGUUGAUUUUUCAGCUACUCAGGUAUCUGACGAUGGUGUGAUUGCACUUGUUAACGGAUCUUGUGCCAAGAAAUUAGAGGAGAUUCAUAUGGGACACUGUGUGAAUCUGACUGAUGAGGCUGUAGAAGCUGUCCUCACUUGCUGUCCUCAGAUACGUAUAUUACUCUUCCACGGAUGCCCCCUAAUAACAGAUCAUUCACGAGAAGUCCUGGAGCAAUUAGUAGGCCCAAACAAACUAAAGCAAGUGACAUGGACUGUUUACUGAUGCUUAUUGAAGCUUUUCAAAGCAAGGAUCUUUAUACUACAUUCCCAGGAAACAAUGGUCUUAGAGAUUGGCUUUCAGAUAAUGUGCUUUUUGCUUUGAAGUUAACAGACCCUUAAACAUUUAAUAGUGCUAUUAUCCUGUUUGUUUGUGGAGUCAUUGUUUUUGACAUGGUAAGCCUAGCAUGCCCUCUGAUGUAUUGGAGUGGGGUGGGGCGGGAGGGGAGUAUUGUGUUUGUUUCUUAAGUAACAAAGUUUUAAAUUACCAGUUUUUCCUGGAGAUUUCCUUCUCCUACCUACCUAGUUGAGCUGCCAUAAGAGAAAUUUACCAGUAUGAAUAACCAUUAGGAGAAUUCUUAGUAUCCCUAAAAGCAUAAUUACCUUCCUAGUUAUUUUCUGGCCCCUACUUUCCUUAAGUAUUUAAAUGCUCAUUGGCCAAAAAGCAAAGUUGAACAUCAGGCCUAUGUAUCCUCACAGAAUUUAAUAUUUCAAUAAAACAAAGAAAUAGAAUAGUUUACUGUCAUAAACCCAUGACAUCAUCCAACUCAGCCAUUCAAAAUAUGAAUGUUACUGAGACCCUUGCCCAGCCACUUAAUUAAUUGUCAUGGCUACUUUUCCCAAAUACAUGCUAUUGAUCUAUGAAACUUCCUCCUUAACAACUGCACUCAGGAAAGCGGAAGAAUGAGUAAAUAGUAUCAAUAUAGAGGCUGUUUCCUAAAGAUCUAUCCGUUUCAUAUCCUGAACUAAACAAUACAGAUCUUAGUUUUCAAAUGAAUUGCAGUACUCUUUUAUAAUCACGAAAUUCUCUGAAGUAUAUAUAGUGUGUUUAAACCAUCCCAAAUUUAGUAUAUUCCCUGUGCCAUGAGACUGUCUCAGUAGGACUUUUUAAAAAAAGAUUUCCUACUUUAACUCUGAUGUAGUACAAAAGAAGGGAAGUAUGGGAUGGUAGAUUUCUUCUAAAUGUUUAGAAGAGGGUUUAUACAGUCAACUCUAUUUCUUGACCUCACUACUAAUUACUUUAUAAAUGCAGAUAUAUAUAUAUCUCGGAUAUAUAUUGCCCCUCAUAGGUAGGACAUAUGUAUAUAUGUGUAAUAUGGGUAAAGCUUGUUCCACCUAUGAAAUUUUUCUAAAGACAAAUUCAAUAAAAUGUUAUAGUAAACAUCAAGCAAAGUUGGUAGCUUUUCCCCCUUUUGGGCAAACAAGUUUUUCAAGAUCUAAAGUGUCAGCUUUUUAGGGUCUAUAAGGAAUUAUCUUCCUAGAAGCACUUUGCAGUUUAAUAUUCUUGCCUUUUUAUAUUGCUGGUUGUAUUAACUAUUUCUGUUUAAAAUUUCAGUACCCCAUUCCUACCUAUUUCUAUCAUCCUCACUUCAUACUUCGACCUCUUUAUUUUUCUUCUUACCAUCUAUCACCCUCUGGCAUCUUGUCUGUUUUUAUUAUCUACUCCCUAGAAUACAAGCUUCAUAAAGACA